AUGUCUUUCAACGACAUAAUACCUCACUCGGCCAAUGCCGAUCUGUUGGUAGAGUUGCAAACUGACUUGCUUCGUCAGCCUAAGGAGCAGUCCCGGAAUUCGGUCUCAGUCACAAAUGCACCACCCUUAAAUCCAAGCACCAAGAUAUCUGUACCAAACGGACCAACACCAUAUACUCCCACGAUACACCCAACGGAGGACGCAAGAAGCACUACUAAUAACCCUAGCCAUGGGGCUGAGGCGACGCUUGUCCACGAUGUUGAAACCCCCCCUCAAAACCUAUGGCGGGGGAAUCUGGUGGCUCACCCAAGUCUCUGGGCUGUGUGGGUUAGUCCGAUUGUUCUUCACAACAGCCCUACGGCCCUGGAUCUAGCUAACAACAAUCAGAACUCAAUACGACCUCUUGAUAUCUCGACUACAACCACUAUCAACCCUGGAUACCAGGCCUGCUCGAUCAGAUACCAACCGAUCGCUCCACAAAACUGGCUAGCAACCUCGUACCUCAUGAGGCCGUGGUAUGGGAUUGAGCACCCUGCCAACUUGGACAGGGAAGUGGCCAGCCAGAAAGCCGAGCUAACCUACGAGAUCCUGAGAUUCCAUCUGCCGAAACUGCGUGCCAUGGAAAAUGUGGGAGAGGCAAAAACCAGCGCCUUUUGCGCUUGGGCGGCCGGAAGAGCGGUGCGGCCGGACCAUGUACCCCGACGGUGGCUCCAGGUCGAGAUCCGUAGAAUACUAGACCGAGAGUGGCAGUCCCGGUGGUUUUGUCAGAUAACUGGCAAAGCCCUGGUGUUUGUCAAUGACCUUACAGGCUACCGGCCCAAGAAUCAGGCCCGUGAAUUUACGUCGUGGAUGAAGGGUCGCAGAAUGCAAAUACAGCAAGUCAGGGACGAGGAACAGGCGAGGAAGCGACAGGAAGUCCAGGCAAGCCAGCAAGCGUCUGUGAAAGACUAA